AUGAUGAACAUGGAAGAGAUGAAGAAAUCAUUAGAGUCUCCUCCUCCGGUUUCGUUUUUGUCAUUACCGCACGACAUCGUCGACAAUUGUUUGGCUCGUAUCCCGAGAAUCCUUCGUCCAGCCUUAUCUCUCGUGUCCAGGAGUUUCCGAUCAAUCAUCGCCUCCCCUGAGCUCGAGGUAACACGCUUACGAAUGGGAAUAGUCGAUGAUUGCCUCUAUGUCUGCUUGGAGAUGGGUGAUGAGAACAACCCUAAUCCUCGCUGGUUCACACUUGCACCAAUUCCCAAACGGCAGAAGUUGCUUCCAAUCCUUGAUUCCUUUCCUUAUCAACAUCCAGAAACCUCAACCAUCGUUUCAAUGGGCUCAAAGAUGUAUCUGAUCGGCGGAUUAGUAGAUGAAGAAAGAAGCAGAAGAGUGUUAUUCCUCGAUUGUCGAUCUCAUCAAUGGUUUAGCCUCCCUGACAUGAUUGUACCUCGAGACAGACCAGCAGCGGAAGUAAUUGACGGUAAGAUCUAUGUGAUCGGAGGCUGCAGCAAGGACAAAAACGUUGAGCAUUGGGGAGAGGUUUAUGACCCACAAACGCUAACUUGGGAGCCAUUUUCGCCCGCAACCCUAGAUCUUACCAAUCAAAAGAGUGUGGUUCAAGGUAGAUUGGUAAUGGGUGGAAGAGUUUAUGAGACGAAUGGUUUGAAGCUCAGCUUGAAGAGAGAAAUUUGCUUGGUAGAGACAGAGACCAACGUGUGGUGCGAAAUAUAUCUUUGCAGUGGUGAACUACGUUGGCGUGAUGCAUACGUAGAUCUGACGUGGAGGAGUGUUGAGGGACUUGAAAAACUGUCCCCUUAUUCAUUUCUUGUCACGGUGGCAAACUCCGGAGGAAGGAGAGUGACAGUUUGGUGGAAGCAUUGCCGUUAUGUAGAGAAAUGGGUAACGGAUAUUUGGUGCGCAGAGAUUUCGUUUAAGAGACAAGGUGUAAGAGGGCUUCGAGGUUGUGUAGAAUGGACAAAAUCCGUGCUCAGGUUUGAUGGACGUGACUGUCCUAAGAAAUUCGUUUUGCAUUCUGCCCUAGUGACGCAUUGA